GCUGCCCCAUCCACCACAGCAGAGUCUCCUCCAGCAUGGCGAUCACCGACUUCCUCGCAGCUUCGGACAUCACAUCGGCGAUCGGCGCUUGCAAAGGGAAGGACUCCUUCAGCCCCAGGGCGUUUUUCAAGGCCGUGGGUUUGUCCAAGAAGACUCCAACGGAGAUCGAGAGUGUCUUUAAAAUCCUGGACCAGGACAAAAGCGGCUUCAUUGAGCAGGAUGAGUUACAACUGUUCCUGCAGAACUUCUCCAAAGGAGCGAGGGCCCUGACCGCGGCCGAGACCAGGAGCUUCCUGAAGGAGGGGGACGCAGACGGAGACGGGAAGAUCGGCUGGGAAGAGUUUUCUGCUCUGAUCAAGUCUUCAUAAAGCCGUGGGAUUCGUGGCGUCGUGAUCAUCUACAACCAGCUGUAGUAAAUUACACAGGCUCAGCCGGGGAUUUUAUGUGUUCAAAUAAAGAAAUGAAAUGAUGAAA